AUGGCGUCGCGUUUGCUUCUUGUCGCGGCGAUUUUGAUCUUCUGCGUGGCACAUGUUUCAGCUGAUGAUGCUAAGGUGGAAGACCAUGAAAGCCAGGCAGUGGUGAAAGGACCUAACAGAAGGUUGUUGCCAUAUCUGAACUGUGAAGGGCUAUGCAAGGGGCGCUGCAGCUUGCACUCGAGGCCAAAUAGGUGCAUCAGGGCAUGUGGAACUUGCUGUGUCAGGUGCAAGUGCGUUCCUCCGGGCACCGCCGGCAACAGAGAGGUCUGCGGAACAUGCUACACUAAUAUGACCACUCAUGGCAAACGCCUCAAGUGCCCUUAA